AUGCAAGUUCGGUCAAUACACAAUUUAUGGUGGCAAGAAAGACAGUGGGGAAUGUUAUUUGACAUCUGUUGUUGCGCUCGAGAGAGAAUUGAAAUUCCAGACCCAACUCCAACAAGAACUCUCAAGUUGCCGAAGACUCAUGUGAAGAAGAAGCCUUCUGGUAAGUUUCUUAUAGCCAUCUAUAUGGCACGCUUUGAGUAA